AAGCUCUAAUCCCAUUGGUCAGCUUCCCUUUGAUGGUCCAAUUGUAAUGCGACACGCGGUGGUUCCUCGUCGGGAUAUCCCUUUGAAGCACCGCUGUCUUAAACCUCCAUCGGUCCACCCGCCCUGCGCUCUGCCUCUGACAGCGAUCCUCCACCUAACCGGACGCCCCCCAACCUUCAGUCUCACUCCAUCCGCCUCUUUACUUUCCUCCCAUCCCAUCUAUCGACAACAACACUGAGCCAAGACGGCAUCUUCUUCAGCACCAUUGCAGACUCGCUUCCCAAUAUGGGUUCUGAUCUUUCGCCCGACGUCCUGAGUUCUACCAAGCCCGUUCCUUUACCUACCGAAGAGGAAGACCCUCCUUCCACUGCUCUCCUCUCCUUCAACACCGAUUCUUCUUCUUCCUCCGCCUUCAAUUCUCACAAACUCUCCUAUUCCGUCAUCUUCAUCUCUCUCACUCUCAUUUCCUGCAUUGCUUUCUCCGCCGCCGCCGCCUUCGCCUUCCUUUUCUUCUCCGCCGCUUCCUCCUCCUCAACCUUCACCAACCACUCCACUUCUUCCUUUGCUUCCCCGAAAGCUCGUCCCCUCCAGAAGCUCAAUCACUCCGUGGUUCUCUUGAUUUCUUCCGAUGGUUUUCGAUUCGGCUACCAAUUCAAGACUUCUACACCCAAUAUUCACCGUCUGAUUGCCAACGGAACUGAAGCCGAAACCGGCUUGAUCCCGGUGUUUCCCUCUCUAACUUUCCCCAAUCACUACUCCAUCGUGACGGGUCUCUACCCUGCCUAUCAUGGCAUCAUCAACAACUACUUUUUGGAUCCUCAAACUGGUGAACUUUUCACCAUGGCUAGCCACGAACCCAAGUGGUGGCUGGGCGAGCCCUUGUGGGAGACCGUGGUCAACAACGGGUUAAAAGCUGCAACAUAUUUCUGGCCUGGCGCUGAGGUAAAUAAAGGUUCUUGGACUUGUCCUGCCAAAUAUUGCAGGCAUUAUAAUGGUUCUGUUCCAUUUGAGGAAAGAGUGGAUGCAAUAUUGAAGUAUUUUGAUUUGCCUAGCGCUGAGAUUCCUUCAUUUAUGACGCUGUACUUUGAGGACCCUGAUCAUCAGGGUCACAAGGUUGGUCCCGAUGAUCCAGAGAUCACUGAAGCUGUUGCUGGGAUCGAUAGGAUGAUAGGGAGGUUAAUUAGAGGGUUGGAACAAAGGGGUAUUUUUGAAGAUGUUCAUAUUAUUAUGGUGGGGGAUCAUGGGAUGGUUGGUACAUGUGACAGGAAGCAUUUCUUAGAUGAUUUGGCUCCCUGGAUUGAGAUUCCGAAGAGUUGGGUCCAUUCGUACACUCCAUUGCUCGCAAUUCGUCCACCUCCUGGCAAUGACCCGUCAGAUGUUGUAUCUAAGAUGAAUGAAGGAUUGAAAUCUGGGAAAGUUGAAAACGGGAAGUACUUGAAAGUGUAUCUCAAGGAGGACCUGCCUGGCCGGCUUCAUUAUGCGGCGAGCGAUAGGAUUCCACCAAUAAUUGGUUUGAUUGAAGAAAGUUUCAAGGUUGAGCAGACAAGAGCAAAGCGCAAAGAGUGUGGUGGUUCACAUGGCUACGACAACUCAAUUUUCUCAAUGAGGAGCAUUUUUAUUGGGCAUGGUCCUCAAUUUGCAAGAGGGAGGAAAAUCCCAUCGUUUGAGAAUGUUGAGAUUUAUAAUUUGAUCACUUCUAUUCUCAAGAUUAAGGGUGCAUCCACUAAUGGUUCUGCCUCAUUCGCAGAGUCAGUUCUUUUACCUGGUGCGUAAACAUAUACAAGUUAGCAAAAAUAUAUGAUUGAGAAGCCAAGAUGCAUGGUUAAGUGUUUUCUUGGAUGGAUGGAUGCUCAGAAUCAGAGGUCAGAAUUAUAAACAUGAUGCGGCGUUUCCAAGGGAAGAGACAUCGUAUUCCUGGGCUUGAGAUCCCUGAAAGAGUCUUGUACGUAGAAUUUCAUCAGUUCUGAGCUGCUCAAGUAGUCGCCAAGCUUGCCUAUCUUCAAUGCUUAUGAGUAUGUAACUAUGCAAGUAAUAUGCUCACCCAAAAUUUUGAUUUUAUUGAGACAGAAUGAGAUUACCACUUGGAUGUCAAACUCUCUCCUCCUCCGUUGUAUAUGAUUUUUCUUCUGUCAAAGCCCUUGUUAAAUUGCA